GCCAGUAAGUGGACCUUAAGUUACUUUCUUUCACUUUUUGUCAAAUCUGUUUCCUGUUUUAUGAACUGGUUCUCAAAACAAAGACACUUCAGGGGAGACUUCAUUGUGUCCAGCUUCUGUUCAAAAAAGAGGGAGAUAAAUCCUCUGUGCUUGAUUGACAGUGCUGCCAUGACAACCCCACAUCAGCUCCAGGAUGUCCAAUCAGGAGCCAGGCUCAGGGUCCCUCCCUGGCACCCAGGUGCGCUAAAGAGUCUGACUUCAGCAGAUUUCUGUCAGACUGUUUCUGAGACACACUUGGACUCCUCUUCGGCUUCACUCUGUCAUCCAGAUGGUGUUCAGAUCGCCGCUCGACUUUCUCUCAGCCUCCCGUAUCCUCCUGCCCCAUUUCGCGGAUGGGCCCCCUGUCCUGGCGCGCUCUCGGUCCCCGGAGGACCCUGCUCCAUCCGCCUGUCCUCCUCUGGCUCUCCCGGGACUGUGUUUCUCUGCGGCGCAGAUCGCCAGCGUUUGCGAGACUCUGGAGGAGACCGGAGACAUCGAGCGGCUGGCCCGCUUCCUCUGGUCACUCCCGGUGACCGCAGACGGCCGUGACUCCAUCUCUGAGCACGAGUCCGUGCAGCGGGCUCGCGCUGUGGUGGCUUACCACACGGGGAGUUUCCGCGAGCUUUAUCACAUUCUGGAGACGCACCGCUUUACGCGCGCCUCCCACGGGAAACUGCAAGCGAUGUGGCUCGAAGCUCACUACCGGGAAGCAGAGAAGCUCCGGGGGCGACCGCUUGGACCGGUUGACAAGUACCGAGUGAGGAAGAAGUUCCCUUUACCGAGGACCAUCUGGGACGGAGAGCAGAAGACGCACUGCUUCAAAGAGCGCACACGAGGGCUGCUAAGAGAGUGGUACCUGCAGGACCCGUACCCGAAUCCCGGGAAGAAGAGGGAGCUGGCGCACGCAACCGGUCUCACACCGACUCAAGUUGGGAACUGGUUCAAAAACCGAAGACAAAGAGACCGAGCGGCAGCAGCCAAAAACAGGUUGCAGCACCACCGGAUGUGUCCAGACGGUGCGCGUUCACUGAGCGGAGGAGAGUGCAGUCCAGAUGAAGGCGGGGAGCGCGCAGAUGGAGAAACUCUUCUCUCAGUAACGGACAGUGACUCUGACUUGGAUGUUUAAGACCUUUAAUCUAUGAGAUGGACCUUCAGGUGGCUGUGAGGAUCCGUGGUGGAUUACCAGACAGAGAAAAAGGAGGAGAAUGGGUUGCAAUAAAAGUUCAGGGCAUAAAACAGCUCCAGCCUAAAUAUUAUCCCAGGUUACAUGAAGAUUUAUUUUGUCUUCUGAGAGUAUAAUAGAUUUUUUUUCCAUGCUGCUUGUUCACUGAUCACCAGCUGCCGAUUUUUAACCUCAUCACUGGAAGGUGCACACCUGAUGUCCCCAUAAACCUGUUUAACCAGACAUGAAGCCCUGGACUCCUGUUGGACUUUAACCCAGGGACCCCACAUGGGAGGACUGAAACUCGUCAGUGAGAUUUAUUCUUAUUUUCUCUAAUUAUAUUUCUCUUUGUUUUUGUUGUUGUUUUUAAAUGGAACUUGUUGUUUCUUUAGACCCCUGAUGAUGUCCACCACUGUAGACAAUCAAUAUGCACUGAAGCCUACCUCCCCGUCUGUCUUUGUAUGUUCAUGAACUAUUAGUUUCUUUACUUCUUAUUUAAAGAGAGUUCACUGUUUGUGUGUGAUGUCCUACUUUAUGUUCAAUUUGA